CUGAAAUAGUUUCUCAAAUCACUAAAAAUAAUUUCGUCUUCAUAAUUUUCCUCUUCUUCUUCUUCUUCAUCACCACCAUUACCAUUAUUUUCAAUUUCAAUCAAAAUUAUGGUGUCUGCACAGUUGGACCUUAUCCGAAAGAUUGUUGGUGUAAUAGGAAACAUCAUCGCUCUAUGUCUGUUCUUAUCACCAACGUCAACAUUUAUUCGAAUAGUGAAAAAGAAGUCAGUGGAGGAAUACUCACCAAUACCAUAUCUAGCGACUCUCAUAAAUUGUCUGGUUUGGGUUCUCUAUGGGCUGCCUAUGGUUCACCCUAACAGCACACUGGUCGUUACAAUCAACGGCACAGGGAUUGUCAUCGAGAUUGUGUUCCUAACCAUCUUUUUCGUUUUCUCUGGCCGCCAAAAACAGCGGUUGGUAAUAGCCGGUGUUUUAGCGGUUGAAAUGGUGUUCGUGGUAAUUCUCGCUGUUUUGGUCUUUACACUCCAACACACUACAAACAAACGUACGAUGAGCGUUGGACUCGUUUGUUGCGUUUUCAACGUGAUGAUGUAUGCUUCUCCAUUAGCUGUCAUGAAAAUGGUAAUACAAACAAAAAGCGUGGAGUUCAUGCCGUUUUGGUUGUCGCUAGCUGGGUUUCUAAACGCAGGCGUUUGGACAAUAUAUGCACUCAUGCCUUUGGACCCAUACAUUGCUAUACCAAAUGGAAUUGGAUGUGUAUUUGGGCUGGCCCAAUUAAUACUGUAUGCCAUUUAUUAUAAAAACACCCAAAAGAUAAUGGCAGAAAGACAAAAACAAUCAAUUGGUGAAUUAAGUUUAUCCCGUGCAAUCGUUCGCAUUUGAUCUUAGAGAAAUCAAAAUUUUCA